CGCACGCUCACUCGCGCUUCCACUCCAAAACAAUGGCCGCCCAGACUAUCGCCACGCCCAAGCUCGCCGUCCGCGCGUCCGCGGCGCCCCGUCGCUCCGCGGGCGCGACGAAGAAGUCCGCCGCGAAGGCGCCGAUGAGAAACGUCGUCGUCAAGGGCGGCGGCGAGUACGGCGCCUCCGGGACGUCCUUCUACACCACCACGGAGAAGCAGGAGUCGUACGACUCCCUCGACGCCGUCCUCGGCGCCAAGUGCAAGGACGAGGAGGUGAAGACGGUGAUCCGCGAGCAGCUCGACGCGUGCGCCGACAUCACCGAGGCGCUCCGCUCCGCGCUCGUCACCGUCGAGGGCUCCGCGAACACGUUCGGCGACGCGCAGCUGUCCGUGGACGUCAUCGCGGACCAGAUCAUGUGGGACGCGGUCAAGUCCUCCGCGGUCGUCGCCUGGGGCGCGUCCGAGGAGGAGCCCGAGGUGAAGCCGUGCAACCCGAACGGCCGCUUCACGGUGUGCUGGGACCCGCUCGACGGGUCCUCGAUCGUCGACAACAACUGGGCCGUCGGCACGAUGAUCGGGAUCUGGUCUAAGGAGUCCGGCACCGGCGCGGACGGACUCAUCGGCGCGACCGGGCGCGACCAGGUCACGGCACUCAUCGCCAUCUACGGCCCGCGCACGACGGUUCUCGUCGGCCUCGACGACGGCGUGUACGAGUUCUCCUACGGGUGCACCCCCGACGGGUGCCAGCUCCCGGACGGCACCUUCGAGCCGUGGAUCUGCUCCAGGAAGCAGAUCAAGAUCAACGAGGACAGCAAGAUCUUCUCCCCGGCGAACAUGCGCGCGGGUGCGGAAGUCGCCGGGUACAAGAAGCUCAUGGAUUACUACAUGGACAACAAGUACACGCUUCGGUACUCGGGCGGCCUCGUCCCGGACGUGUACCAGCAGUUCACGAAGAACAUGGGCAUCUUCACGAACCCGACGUCGGAUAAGUCCCCGGCGAAGCUCCGGCUCGCGUUCGAGGCGUCCCCGUUCGGUCUCCUCGUCGAGGCCGCGGGGGGGAAGACGUCCGACGGCGUCACCGGCGGGUCGGUCCUCGACGUGCAGAUCAACGCCGUCGACCAGCGGACCGCGCUCGCCAUCGGGUCCAAGAACGAGGUCGACCGCUUCAACUCCAUGGUGCUCGGCAAGUGAGCGCUACGCGUGACGAGGCGAGUGCGAGCAGACGGAUAUUUUUUAAUACGACCUGAGGUCGGCAGGGUGUGCGACUACGCGUACAGUACAUCAAACAACAACUCGUCCGCGCUUCUCGUGCGCGCGCGGAAACAAAUCAAAUCGCUCGCGGCGACGAAGACUCGACCUCGACUCAUCGCCGCUCGGACAUCUCGACGUUUAUCGGCCGCGGCGUCGGCGGCGCCAUGCCUCCCUCGCUCGUCGGCGUCUCGUCGCCGUUCUCUGUCUCCUCCUCGUCCUCCGCCUCCGUGGCGCGAAACCGCGUCCCCUCGCUCGUGCUGUCGACGAUGUGCCGGUACUUCGCGAGCUCCUGCACUGUUUUGAUCCCCGCGACGCUCUCGCCGACGGACACCUCGCCGAUCGCCGCGCCGCCGUCGACGCCGACGCCGUCGAACUCGUCCAUCUCCCGCGUCGCGUCCUCUUUCUUCUCGCCACCUUUGAAGUACCGACGCCACCACCGCUUCCGUUUCCCCGCCUCGACGGCAGCCGCGAGGUCGUUCACCCUGCUCAGGUACUCCCUGUCGCGCAUUCGAAAGUACGGGUUCACCCUCCGCUCGACCUCGAGCGAGGACGGCUGCGUCGACAGCCGGUGAUGCCUGCGAACGAUCACCUCCUGCAGCGCCAUCGUCGUCGCCUCGUCGUCCAUGUCGAGCCACUUCGCGAAGCGCAAGUUCAUGAUCAUGUACUCGUGACCGCUGUACACGAACGCCGCGUCCGGCAUGUCUUUCAAACGCACGUGGAGGUUCUCGUAGCAGUCCUUCGGUCCGCCGUGGAAGAACGCGCCGACGCCGCCGUUGAUGAUCGCGUCGCCGGUGAAUAUCGCUUCGACUCUGUGCGUCGGGAGCUUCGACGCGCCGCCGUCGAUUUUCUCGUCGAUCGACGCCCCCCCGCCGCCGCCGCCGCCGCCGCCGCCUUCUCCUCCGCCGCCUAACCCGUC